AUGGGGAUUGGCAAGAACACUACUUCUAAAUCUGUAGAAGCGGGAAGCCCAACAGAGGGCAAAUAUGAGGAUGAACCAAAGCAUCCUGCUUUCUUCACACUACCGGUUGUAAUAAAUGGUGGUGCAACAUCUAGUGGUGAUCAAGACACAGAAGAUACGGAGCUUAUGGCGAUAUAUACUACAGAAAACGGAAUUGCUGAAAAGAGUUCUCUGGCAGAGACGUUGGACAGCAGUGGAAGCUCAGAUGCACAAAGAAUGGACAUGAUAUACACAAUUGAGGAUGUUCCUCCCUGGUACCUCUGCAUAUUCUUGGGCUUACAGCACUACCUGACCUGUUUCAGUGGUACGAUAGCAGUGCCCUUCUUACUAGCAGAUGCCAUGUGUGUGGGAUUUGACCAGUGGGCUACCAGCCAAUUGAUUGGGACCAUAUUCUUUUGUGUGGGAAUCACAACUUUGUUACAAACAACUUUUGGGUGCCGGUUACCUUUAUUUCAAGCCAGUGCUUUUGCAUUCUUGGCUCCAGCUAGAGCAAUUCUCUCCUUGGACAAGUGGAAAUGCAACAACACAGCUGUAAUGGUUACAAACGGAACAACAGAGCUGCUGCACACAGAACAUAUCUGGUAUCCCAGGAUACGAGAGAUCCAAGGUGCUAUUAUCAUGUCAUCUUUGAUAGAAGUGGUGAUUGGUUUUUUGGGCCUGCCAGGGGCCCUUCUGAGAUACAUUGGGCCCCUGACCAUCACACCAACAGUGGCUCUCAUUGGGCUCUCCGGUUUCCAGGCUGCAGGGGAAAGAGCAGGCAAACACUGGGGCAUAGCCAUGCUGACUAUUUUCCUAGUGCUGUUGUUUUCUCAGUAUGCCCGAAAUGUCAAAUUCCCAUUACCAAUUUACAAAUCUAAGAAAGGAUGGACUGCAUAUCGGUUGCAACUUUUUAAAAUGUUUCCCAUCAUUCUUGCUAUUCUUGUAUCGUGGCUGCUGUGUUUCAUCUUCACUGUGACAGACGUCUUUCCUCCUGACAGCACAAAGUAUGGAUUUUAUGCACGCACUGAUGCCAGGCAAGGAGUACUCUUAGUAGCACCAUGGUUCAAGGUUCCCUAUCCAUUUCAGUGGGGAUUGCCUACAAUUUCAGCUGCGGGCGUCAUUGGGAUGCUCAGUGCGGUGGUUGCUAGCAUCAUUGAAUCAAUUGGUGAUUACUAUGCCUGUGCAAGGUUAUCUUGUGCUCCUCCACCACCAAUUCACGCAAUAAAUAGAGGCAUUUUCAUAGAAGGCCUUUCUUGUGUAUUGGAUGGAAUAUUUGGUACUGGAAAUGGAUCCACUUCUUCUAGUCCUAAUAUUGGAGUCUUGGGGAUUACAAAGGUUGGAAGCAGGCGUGUUAUUCAAUAUGGAGCGGCCUUCAUGCUGCUGCUCGGAAUGGUUGGCAAAUUUAGCGCUUUGUUUGCAUCGCUCCCCGAUCCAGUGCUCGGAGCUCUCUUCUGCACUCUCUUUGGAAUGAUUACCGCUGUAGGGCUGUCUAACCUCCAGUUUAUAGAUUUGAAUUCUUCUCGGAACCUGUUUGUGCUUGGCUUUUCUAUCUUCUUCGGAUUGGUCCUUCCGAGUUACCUCCGACAAAACCCAUUGGUUACAGGAAUAGCCAGCAUUGAUCAAGUACUUAAUGUUCUUCUUACUACAGCCAUGUUUGUUGGGGGCUGUGUAGCAUUCAUUUUGGAUAACACGAUUCCAGGAAGCCCUGAGGAAAGAGGAAUCCGAAAGUGGAAAAAAGGAACAGGCAAAGGCAGCAAAUCUGUCGAUGGAAUGGAAACCUACGACUUGCCUUUUGGCAUGGAAGUGAUCAAGAAAUACAAAUGUUUCCGUUUCUUGCCCAUCAGUCCCACCUUCAUUGGCUACACAUGGAAAGGUUUCAGGAAAGGAACCCAGGAAGAGGACUCGGAGGCUACUGUAUAGCCCCUGCUGAAAAUGUCUCCCUUCCAUUUUUGCUAUAGUAACAGACAGAUUGGCAGUUACUUGCUGAUUUUUAUUUUAUUUUGUAUAUCUGCGUUUUAAAUUCUGGAACCAGAGCCGAGACAGAUUCUAAAAAUAGCUUUCCUAUUGUGGGCGGUGAUAGCUAUCUAUAAUGUCUCUCUUUAGUUAACACGAUGCUUGGUUUUGUUUUUAAAACUUUGUUAAAAUAGCUUGCCUUAAUUUUGGCACAGCUGCUCUUCUACUGGGAACUGUAAAUCCAGCUCCAAAACUGGUGAAUAGCAUUUCCAUAAAUGCCGCACUGAGAUAUUGCUUUAUCUUUUCCAUUUGCACCAGAUACAUUCCAUUUCUUUAUCCCUCACGAGCAUGCAGUCAGUUUUUUAUACUCUGGCAAAUUAUAGCAGAGCGUAUUGUAGUGGGCAGUACUUUUAAAGUUUUUCCAGCAAUAGGCAUGGAAUUGCUGUACUGACAACUGGUGCCCUUUAGCACAUGGUUUCUUUGCAUAAGAGCAAUAUCCUGGAGCUCUUUGCCAGACUGACUAUUUCUUAGCACAGCAAUUGCUGAAUAUAGCUCCUUGUCUUGAGCUGUCAUUCAGUUGCCACAUCCCUUAUCUGACAGUAGAAACACCCAAGCACUUCAUGUAUACUGGCAACCCAGGCCUUAUAUAACACAAUAGCUAUUAAGCACCUCGAGUCACUAGUUCUCAAUAGAAUAAUGCAGAUAGAAUGUUCAUCUUGUGUCCAGAUUUUUUUGCUAAUUUGUUUUUAGACUGUUGGAGGCUAAACAGUUUUGCCAGUCUCAAAAGCAGCCUACAGUUGACAUUGUCUUUUUUGUGUUUCUUCUUUUCUGAGCUGAACUGAACACAGGACCCUUUUGAAUAACAGAUGAGACGUUAUGUAUGGCAUCUCUGCCCACUGGGUGGUUUAACGGGUAUUGGGGGCCCGCUGCGGGUGCCAUUUGAUUUUAUUUUCCUGUACUAGUCUUGGCUCUGAUAUUACAUGGCUGUUAAUGCUCAUCAUGCAUUCAUAAUUAUAAACAAGUUAUUCCAGUUUAAUGUUCUUAAUAUUGCAAGUUAGUUUUUAGACAUCAAUGUUUUGUCUGUAUGUGUGGCUUCUCUCUCCCCCCCCCCCCAA